AUGGACGUGCCUACUGUCGCCGAACUCCUCGCCAGCAACGAUGUAAUAUACGACGACGACCAUGGUGGGAGAUGCGCAACCGUCGCAAGGAUCGGGAAGUACGUUAUGAAAUACAACGGACGGACGCGUGUUGAGGAAGCCGACAGCCUACGGUACCUCGCCGCCAACACAAAUUUGCCUGUGCCGAAGUGCUACGGCUCCGGUAUCUUACCCAACAGCACUGGAAAGUACGUUAUCAUGGAUUUUAUCGAAGGCGACACUCUUGAGAAGCUGUGGCCCGACCUCGCCACAAUGGACAAGGACCAGAUCGUACGACAACUCCGCGAUCAGACGUACUGGCAAUUCGACUUGGGAAUUUGA